AUGAGCCUCGUCAGGAUGAGUUACGGCGGGUUCGUGGCGUACAGUAUGGCGGCGCAGUUCAAGGAAUGCGUGGAAAGGGUGGUGAUUUGCUGCGCCGGGGUUUGUUUGGAGGAGAAAGACAUUAAAAAUAGGCUGUUUCCGGUGAAUGACGUGGAUGUAGCCGCCGCCAUCCUUCUGCCAGAGACGGCGGAGACGAUGAGGGAGUUGUUGCUUUAUGCUUUUGUAAAGCCGCCCAAAGCGUUGCCUUCUUGCUUGCUCAACGACUUUAUCGACACCACUGCAACCAAUUCAACCACAUCCCUCAGCAGUUGGUCGAUGGAUAAUGAUAUCUACCAACCAGAGCUUCCAAUUCCAAAGGCUUCUGCAGUUGAUUGA